AUGGCUCAGUCAAGUACCUCACACUCCGGCGGAGGUGGCCGGCUCCUGAAUACAUUUAUCAACCGGCCAGUGAAUGAGCAUGGAUCAGGAUGGUCAACUCUGUGGGAUUCAGGGGAAAGCGAUCUAUGGGACCGAGGUGAAGCAUCUCCUGCAUUAGCCGAUAUUCUUGGCCAAGAGCAGGAGCUGUUCCACCCUAUUACUGAAGAUGGUCGGAGAAAAAAAGCGCUUAUUCCAGGAUGUGGCCGCGGCUAUGAUGUAGUGAUGUUUGCUUUGCAUGGAUUUGACGCUUAUGGCUUGGAGAUAUCGGACACGGCUGUCAAAGAAGCAGAAGCCUACGCUGAUAUCGAGCUGAAAGCCCCCUCUCCAUACAAUUUCUCAAGUUGGCAACCUGAAAGUCAUUCACCUGGUUCGGUUGCAUUCUUUAGAGGAGACUUCUUCUCUUCUAAUUGGGAUUUCAAAGGAGGAGUCGAUGAGACGACUAAAUUUGAUGUGGUGUAUGAUUACACUUUUCUUUGUGCACUGCAUCCUGAGCAACGACUGAAAUGGGCAGCCAGCAUGUCACGAAUCCUCAAGCCGGGAGGCCUUCUAGUCUGUCUUGAAUUUCCAUUAUACAAAGACCCGAAACUUCCAGGGCCACCUUGGGGUGUAAAAGGGGCUCACUGGGACUUAUUGUCACGGGGCCGAAGUGGCAUUAUCACAGGAGAAGUUGGAGAUGACGGCAAAGAAAAGAAUUUCUCGGAGGAAGAGAAAGGUGAAUUUCACAGAGCGCUAUAUGUCAAACCUGCGCGGUCGUACGAAGUAGCGAAAGGAACAGAUAUGCUCAGCGUGUAUGUGCGCAAAUAG